CUGCUUGCAUCAAUAUAGUGACUUUAAAUUCUGUUGCUUUUUACAUCUUCAUCAUGUCUGCAUCCCUUCCUUCCUCCAUGAGGAAACUAGUCGUGAAGACGCUCACAUCCAACUUCAGGAAAGCUGUUGAGAUUCAAACGGUCCCGCUUCCAAAUCCUGCCUCCGGACACGUUUUGGUGAAAAAUCACUUCGUGGGGAUCAACGCGUCUGAUGUGAAUUUCUCGGCGGGAAAAUACGACCCAAGCAAGCAGCCCCCGUUUGAUGCCGGGUUUGAAGCCAUCGGGGAAGUUGUCGCAGUUGGUGACGGGGUUUCACAAAGUUUUAUCGGGAAGUCAGUUGCUCAUUUAUCUAACGGAGCGUUCUCAGAGUUCCAGGCAGUAGCGGGGAAAUCAAUUCUUGAAAUUCCAUCAAUGCAACCACAGUAUAUACCAUGUUUGGUUAGUGGGAUGACGGCAAAGUUGGCCUUGCAGGAAAGUGGGAACUUAAAACCAAAUGAAAAGGUGUUAGUAACUGCAGCAUCGGGAGGAACCGGUCAGUUUGCCGUCCAGUUGGCCAAGUUAGCUGGGUGUCAUGUCAUUGGGACCUGCUCAUCUGAUAAGAAAGUUAAUUUCUUAAAAUCUAUCGGUUGCGACCACGCCAUAAAUAUUUCUACAGAGAACCUGGGUCAAGUAUUGAAGGAGCAUUACCCGCAUGGUGUUGAUGUGGUUUACGAGUCGGUUGGUGGAGAAACGUACGAGACUUGCGUCAACAGACUUGCAGUAAAGGGAAGGUUGAUAGUUAUCGGGUAUAUAUCUGGAUAUCAACAACCCAUGGGGGUGGCAACGACUACUUCGGCAAGAGGAGCAGCGGCCCUUCCUGUUAAAAUGCUCAUGAAAAGUUCGAGCGUGACCGGUUUCUUCCUUUUCCAUUACGCCAACCAAUGGAAGUCGGCUUUUCAAGAGUUGAGUGAUCUCUAUGUUGCUGGGAAGUUGACAUGCAUGGUUGACGAUGGAAGCAGCGAGCGAAAAGGAGGUUUCCGUGGCAUCGAUGACGUCACAGAUGCGGUGGAUUAUCUUUACUCCAGGAAAAGUGUGGGGAAGAUUGUCGUCAACUUGGCUUCAUCUGGAAGCAAAUUAUGAACUCCGUUCCGUUGUAGUUUGUUUUUGGUAAUUGUUUAUAAUUUAACUGAUGAUGAUAUCAAACUAUUCACGCAUCAGAUGGUAUCACAUAGUCACUAAAUGGAAAAAUUUUACUAAACUGUUUGUUAACGCUUACGGCAACAGACACCCACUUUGUAACGGGCUUACUAAGUUAAUGUUAAUUUUUUAUAAUUUUAGUGAUAAUGAUAUCAAACUAUUCACGCAUCAGAUGCUGUUGAUAUCGUUUACAUGUAAAGCAAUAAUGGCUUAUAAUUUAAAACUUUAAAAUAAACUGAUCUUUCCCCGAU